CCAAAAGUAACGUCACGGAGGGCGGCAAACCGCAAUAAAAUAGGAAGAUCAUCAGUCAAGAAAGACCCGUGGUGGAGAGGAAAAUAAAGCAAGCAGCAUUUUAUCCGUGUGUACCUCAGCAGUUCUUGAAAUUUAACUAUGACUGCUCUCUCUUCAGAGAACUGUUCUUUGCAGUACCAGAUCCAUCAAACAAACCAGCCCCUAGAUGUUAACUGCUUGCUGUUCUUGAUCGUACUUGGGAAAAUAUUACUAAAUAUCCUCACAUUAGGAAUGAGAAGAAAGAACACCCAUCAAAACUUCAUGGAAUACUUUUGCAUUUCGCUAGCAUUUGUUGAUCUUUUGCUUUUGGUAAACAUUUCCAUCAUAUCCUAUUUCAGAGACUUUGUACUUCUAGGCAUUAGGUUUACUAAAUACCACAUCUGCCUGCUGACUCAAAUUAUUUCCUUUACUUAUGGCUUUCUGCAUUAUCCAGUGUUCCUGAUAGCUUGUUUAGAUUACUGCGUGAACGUCUCUAAAACCACCAAGCUUUCAUUUAAGUGUCAGAAAUUAUUUUAUUUAUUUGCAGUAAUGUUAAUCUGGAUUUCAGUCUUCACUUAUGUUUUGGGCGAUCCAGCUAUCUACCAAAGCCUGCAGGCCCAGAAUGUGUAUUCUUAUCGCUGCCCUUUCUAUGUCAGCAUUCAGAGUUAUUGGCUGUCAGUCUUCAUGGUGAUGACUUUAUUGAUUGCUUUUAUAGUCUCCUGGUCAGAGGUCAUUCCCUUAAUCCAGGCUAUCAGGGUAACUUCUUACAUGAAUGAAACUGUUUUGUAUUUUCCUUUGUCAUCCCACUCGAGUUGCACCGUGAGGUCCAAAAAAGCCCUCUUGUCCCAGCUCCUUGUCUGCUUUCUCGGUACCUGGCUGCCCUUUGUAGGACUCCAAGGGACCCUUCUUAUACUUCAAGUACAGAUCCCAGCAUUCAUCGAGAUGAACAUUCCGUGGCUGUACUUUGUCAACAGUUUUCUCGUGGCUGCAGUGUACUGGUUUAACGAUCACAAGCUUAGCUUAGAAGACAUCGCGUUACCUCUGGAUCCGUUCGUCCACUGGAAGUGCUGCUUCCUUCCGCUUACAAUUCCUACUCUUGAGAAAAUGGAAAAGCCUAUAUCGAUAACCAUUUGUUAAUAGAUUGCCAUGUUGAAACUAACUGAAACUUACAUCGAUGUGAACUCAGGGCAUAUUAAAAAACAGGAACUGAACUGGAGCUUUUCCCCUUAGCUUUUGUACCUUUUCAGAAUGUGUCUUUUUGGGGCUAUGAUGUUAUUUAUUAAAGUGUUUUCUUUUAAAAGCAAAAUAAUUCCAAGGGUUGUUUAUAACUGUUCGGGGACACUGUAUAUUGCAAAUAUUAGCUUGUCAUUAACACAAAAGUGAAAUGUAAAGUGAACAUUUGGCCAUACUGAUGUUUGUAUUACCCAAAAAACUACUGGAAUGCAAACUGUUAUGUGAAUUUGAAAUUUAAUUGCCAA